CAGCCAGCCGCUAGCCAGCCAGCUAGCUAGCGGCUGGCUAGCGGCUAAUCGCGAAUGCUAAAAGAAAUCCGCUUGCUCGUGUUAGCGAGUCAGCGGGAUACUCGGUUUGUUCAUAAUGUUCUUCUCAUGGUUCUCCACAGAUUUGCCCUCUCGUUUUGAAGCCAGUAUGCUAUCUGCCAACGACAGCGGAGCCCGUCUCACGCAGUUCAAAAACAAAGGGAAAGACGCCAGCGAGCUGAGACGCAGGAGGGUGGAAGUCAACGUUGAGCUCCGGAAAGCGAAGAGGGAGGAACAGAUCCUUAAGAAAAGGCAUGUCAACAGCCUUCCCGAUGAGCCAACCUCUCCGCUCCAAGAAGUGGAUCCAAAUGCACAGCCUCCUCAGCACUGGUCAGUGGAGGAGAUUGUAGCUGGUGUAAAUAGCCAGAGUCUGGAUUAUCAACUGCACGCAACACAGGCAGCCAGAAAGCUCCUUUCCAGAGAGAAGAACCCACCUAUCGACAACAUUAUUGCAGCUGGCCUCAUCCCCAGGUUCGUCAGCUUUCUAGCCCUGUCCGAAUGCCCCCCAAUCCAGUUCGAGGCAGCCUGGGCACUGACCAACAUUGCCUCUGGCACCUCAGAGCAGACCACUGCCGUGGUGGAUGGAGGGGCCAUUCCAGCUUUCAUCAUUCUGGUGGCCUCGCUGCACCCUCACAUCAGUGAGCAGGCCAUCUGGGCCCUGGGCAACAUUGCUGGUGAUUGCGCCAACUACAGAGACCAGGUGAUACAACACGGUGGCCUCCAGCCAGUACUGACUCUGUUGAUGGGCCUGGACAUGGCAGCAUUUCCUUCUGGAUACCUGCGUAAUAUCACCUGGACACUGUCUAACCUGUGUCGGAACAAGAACCCCGCCCCACCUCUGGUUGCGGUGCAGCAGCUGUUGCCGGCCUUGGUGCGCCUCCUGCACCACAAUGACCAGGAGGUGCUGGCUGACACCUGCUGGGCUGUGUCCUACCUGACUGAUGGACCCAAUGAACGGAUAGAAGUGGUGGUGCGGUCUGGCCUGGUGCCCCGUCUGGUUCAGCUCUUGGCCUGUGAAGAUCUCUCCAUUGUGUGUCCUGCCCUGCGAUCAUUGGGCAACAUUGUGACAGGAACAGAUGAGCAGACGCAAAGCGUGCUCAGUGCAGGUGCCCUGGCUCUGUUCCCUGGCUUGCUGCGCCACCCCAAGUCCAACAUUCAGAAAGAGGCGGCCUGGACAGUGUCCAACAUCACCGCUGGCAAGGACAGCCAGAUCCAGGAGGUCAUCAAUGCAGGCCUGGUGCCAAUCCUGGUGGAAAUCCUCCAACAGGGAGACUACAAAGCCCAGCAGGAGGUGGUGUGGGCUGUCACUAACUACACAAGCGGCGGCACCAUCGAGCAAGUGGCCCACCUGAUCCAGUGUCAAGUGUUCGGGCCUCUGCUAAGCCUUCUGACCGUCCAAGACACCAAGAUCGUCUUGGUCAUCCUAGAUGCCAUCAGGAACAUCUUGCUGACGGGAGACAAACUUGGGGAGACUGAGAACAUAUGCCUGAUGAUCGAGGCGUGUGGGGGUCUUGACAAGAUUGAAGCGCUGCAGUCUCACGACAAUAAAGCCGUCUACAAAGCCUCAUUCAAAAUCCUAGACAAAUACUUCUCUUCAGAGGUGGAAGAGGAAGAGUUCAUGUCUCCUGAGACCAACAGUAAUGGCUAUGCCUUCCGGGUCGCAGACAGUAACGGCACUUUUGACUUGUAAAGUGUUCAGUUUACCUGUUGCAGAAAGGAGACUCAUGGUCAUGCCUGUUUGCACAUGAAACCAAUCGUUGGUGUCGGUCGUUAUGCAGCCGCACUGGUUUGUAAGGUUGGGACGUGGACACCUGCAGUCAGCAGACUGACGAAGUCACUUAUGCCCCCUUUCCACUACAUGGUACCGGCUCGGCUCGACUCGCAGUGUUGUUUUCCAUUACCGUAACAGUACCCAUCAGUGUAGCUGGUCUGCAUUGAUUUUGGUACCCGCUCCAGUUUUUUUGGUACCUUGACCAGGGUGGUGCCAGAAAAGUGGUAAAGGUUACCAAAAUGCCGGUACUUUCCAGUAAUGGAAAAUGAAAAAGUGGAGUUGAGCCGGUACCAUGUAGUGGGAAAGGGGCAUUAUUAGAUGAGUGAUGAAACCUUUCUGCCACUAAACGUGGUGUCCAGAUGAUUCAACUUCCUGUGAUUUGCUGACCUGGAUUGUUGAGCAGGCGUAAAGACGUUUGACCUGUUGAUGUUUUUUACACGGUAUAUUUUUGUAUUUGUUUAACGGGCAUCAUAUUUCAUACUUGUACAUAUCGGUAGAAAGGGAGAUAACACACGUUAAUGAAGCAUUUGUAAAUAAAUUUUA